CAUUUGUCACCACCGAGCUCUGCCGAGUUUAAUACAGCCAUUGGUGACCUCAAGCCGCUCCGGUAAGGCAACAGAAAUUGUUUACCCUAUACAUCAGUUGAGCCAACGAGAAGCAUUUCCGUGAUACAUACGACAUGAGUGACAUAGAAAGUAUCCGAGCCAAAAGAUUGGCGAAACUUCAAAGCGCUUGCUCUAAACGCGAAGCAAGUACGGAGGCAAUACAUCCAGAAAAUUCAGCAAAAGUUGAUCCAAAACGGAAAGAACUCAAAGGGAAGAGUUCAUUGGUAUCAUUGCUCCCGAAGGUGAAGAAAGAUAUGGACAAAAUGGACAUCGAUUCUGCUAGUGCCUCUAUCUCGAGAAUUAGUUCUCCUAAACCAAAACAACCUUUUAAUUUAAAACUCUGGAAACACAAAGUGGUUUGCCGGACUCUGUCCGUCACCCUUGAUGAAAACGAAAAAGACAAACAGUAUCUUCCUUCUCUGAAAGCAGAACUCGAGGAGUCUGGCCACGAACUACUAUUUGAUGAAGACCAGGCCGAUUCUGCUAUUGUCAGUCAACUCAAUUGCGGAAAGAAGGAUGUGUUAGGCUACUUAGUUGAUUCUUGGAAGAAACUAGACGCUAUUGCUAGUCGUUUCUCAAAGGACGAGAACUACCAGUCAAAGAUGGACUUUAUAAAUAAUCUGAAACGGUUAUGUGUGAGUUACGCUGGAAUUUCCAUCUACCUUCCCGAUACUUUUAAUCUUCCUCCCAUCGACUUCGUAAAGGAGUUAUUGAAGGGAACUGCUGUUCCGUUUGAGUUCGUAGCUGAACUUGUACAACGUUUUGAGAAUGACGGACUAGUGGAAAUCUUUGCCCCUGUUCUCGAGUCUUUAUCGUUAAUGAUUGGCAGAAUGAACGUUGAAAAUGUUGAGCCUCGGUAUAUGCAUUUGCUUGCACAACUUUGUUCGUUGAAACCCAUUGCUGCCAUUGUUACAACACUUCCAUCCUGGCCUUGUUCAGACAAAGCGUCACAGGUUGAAUACAACACCUUCUUGGGACGACUUGCUAGCUUGUCUGUAUUCACUAACGAGGUUGCCGCCAAAUAUUUUUCUAAUGGAAACGAGCGUUCGUAUCGCGAGAUCUCAUCUUCCAUUAGUUCAUUACAAUUAAUCAUGACCAACCAUCAAGAACAGCUUUUUCAAAUUGUCAAUUCACUCAUACGUGUCUCUGCCGGAUCUCGCGAAGCAGUGCUUGAUUUCUUUGCCAAAGUCGCGAACAUUAAUCACAAACGUCAGUCUUUACAAGCGGACUUCUUGAGUAUAUCUUCGGAUGCUCUGAUGAUCAAUUUGACCUCGAUAUUGAACCGACUUUCUGAACCAUUUCUGGAUCUGAACUUUACCAAAAUCGAUCGAGUUGAAAUUGAGUACUUGCGUCGUUCUCCUCGUAUCGAUAUUCGUGAAGAAACAAAGCUGGAUGCUGACCAGAAGGCGUCCGACGAGUUCUACUCGAAGAAAGAUUCUGGAAAGAGUAACUUUAUUUCUGAAAUCUUCUUUCUCAAUUUAGCCUUUCAUUACUACGGUAUAAACGGUUCUUACAAGGCCUUUGAGCAACUGUUGAAUGGAAUCCGUGAUAUGGAGAACUACCGGGAUAGACUUAUUGCGGACAGUCAAGGUCUUGCAAGUGGCCCUCAAGCUGCUCAAGUACAUAUGCAAAUCGAUCGAAUUAAUAAAAAGCUUGACUUAGACCGCUCAUUUGUGUACUGUUACGAAGUAAUGUUAAGUCAUACUGCAUGCGCCUCUAGAUCGUUCAACUUCUUGAAUUUUGUGAUUGUUUGGCUUUUGCGUCUCGUGGAUAAACAGCAUUCCUAUCCCAAAACGCCCUUAACACUUCCGUUGGCGAGGGAUGUCUCUCCUGAAGUAUUAGUGUUGCCUGAAUACUUCGUGGAAACAAUUGCCGACUUCUUGCUGUCAUUGCUCAAGUCUGGCUCCUCGUCUUUGGAAUUGCACACCUACGAUAACCUGGUCGAUUUUUGCAUUGCCUUUUUGCCUGAGCCAUUGUACAUAAAAAACCCUUAUUUGCGGUCGAAGCUUGCGGAAAUCUUAUACUUUGGAGUGAUGAAUAAUCGUGGACGCGGAGGCAUUUUAAACGAUGCUCUGAACACAUCGAAACUGGCUACGCAACAUCUUAUGCGAGUACUGAUGUCUUUCUACAUUGAAAUUGAAUCCACAGGCCAAUCUACGCAAUUCUACGACAAGUUCAAUAUUCGUUAUUUCAUUUGUGAGAUUUUCCGCAGUAUCUGGACUCGUCCUUCGUUUAUGGGAAAACUGGAGAAAGAGCAGCAGCAAGACGAGGACUUUUUUGUGCGCUUCGUCGCUCUUAUGUUGAAUGAUGCUACAUACUUGUUGGAUGAAGCUCUUAUUAAACUUUCCGAGAUUCACAAUCUUCAAGAAGAGUUUUUGAGGGAAGUUAAAGCUGAGGGUGUGAGCAAUGAAACCAUGGAGCGUCAACAAAGACUUUCCUCCGCUGAACGGCAAGCAACCUCGUAUUGCCAACUCGCAAAUGAAACGAUGUCAAUGCUUCGUCUCUUCACUUCCAGCAUCCCGAAAGCGUUUUGCGCUGUGGAGAUUGUUGACAGAUUGGCCGCUAUGCUUGACUACAAUGUCUCUGCUUUGUGUGGCCCCAAGUGCCGCGGACUGAAAGUGAAGGACCCUAGCAAGUAUAACUUUGAUGCUAAGCGGUUGUUGUCCGGUAUAUUUGACAUCUAUCUCAAUCUGAUUCCAUAUGAACGUUUUAUUGAAGCCGUUGCUCAUGAUGGUCGUUCUUAUAACAAGGAAUUGUUUGACAGAGCUAUCACCGUUCUUACCAAGUAUAACAUUAAGUCGUCACUUGACAUUCAGACACUGCGUGGCUUUGUCGUGAGCGUGGAGAAAGUAAGAGCCGAAGAGGCUGCUGAAGAGGAAGACCUUGGCGAGGUUCCGGACGAAUUUUUGGAUCCUCUUAUGUUUACGCUCAUGAAAGAUCCAGUUAUUCUUCCACGCUCUGGCGUUUCCAUUGACCGUGACACCAUUAAGUCUCAUCUUUUGAGUGAUCCCACUGACCCGUUUAAUCGUAUGCCGUUGAAGCUGGAGGAUGUGCAGCCCAACGAUGAACUUCGUGAGCGCAUUCAAGCAUUCCUCAGUUCGAAACGCAAGAGAAAAGUUACCUCCGAGUAAUUAAGGGCGUUGGAUCACGUUGUACCAUUUAUUCCGUCUUUCGCGAUGAGUAACCCGAAGAAUCCUUUCCCUAUUUGUUUUCGUUUUUAUAGUGCGUAAUUGAAACUUAUAUUAAAAGCUAAGCUGUAUAUGAAUUAAUAUCAUGUCUCAAUAUUAUACACACUGCUAAGGAGCUUGUGUAACGUAUUUUCUCGUCGCAGUUGAUUUUUAUUCACAUCUUUCUAUCGACCCUCCCCCCCAUAUUACAAUCAACCUAAUUUGUUUGUGUUGUAAAAACGUGUCUUUAUUACAGCAAUAAAUUAUAAGCAAUGAAUAAAUUUAUGAUCUUGAG